CUUGUUGAAGAAGAUUAAUUAAUUGAUUAAAAAAAGAAAAGAAAAUGUAUGGAGAUUGUCAAGUGUUGUCAACGAUGGGAGGGAAUAUUAAUGCAAUACCCUCAUCGGAGAAUUCAGUACUCUACUCUUCUUCACCGAUCCACCACCACCACCACCACCAGCAGAACCCUAAUUUCAGUUUCAUGCCUAACAUCAACCCUUUCAACAUUUUCUCUCCUGUUACACCGAAGGAAGAAAAAAGCAAACUAGAAGAGAUGGAGAGUGGCUCCGGCAGCGAACACGUGGACGGCGUUUCCGGCAACGAACAAGACCAGGCGGCGGAGCAAAACAACCCCAAGAACAAGAAGAAACGCUACCACCGCCACACCACCCGUCAGAUCCAAGAAAUGGAAUCAUUGUUUAAGGAAUGUCCACACCCAGAUGACAAACAACGGCUGAAACUAAGCCAAGAUCUCGGCCUUAAACCUCGCCAAGUCAAGUUUUGGUUCCAAAACCGCCGUACCCAGAUGAAGGCACAACAAGACAGGCAGAGCAAUGUAGUACUGCGGGCAGAAAACGAGAGCCUAAAGAACGAGAAUUAUCAGCUGCAGUCGACGCUACGGAAUUUAGCUUGCCCUAGCUGUGGUGGUCCAGCUAUGCUUGGUGAGAUGGGCUACGACGAACAACAGCUACGUAUCGAAAAUGCCCGUCUCAAGGAGGAGUUCGAGCGUGUUUGCUGCCUCGUUUCGCAAUACACGGGCCGACCCAUGCAGCCGAUGGGGCCCACGCCUCUCCUAACCCAUUCACUAGACUUGGAUAUAAUGACUCCGUAUCCAAGAAAAUUCGAUCAAGACCACAUCACCGAUAACACUAUGCUUCCCAAUCUGCCCUUCAUGCCCGAAAACUCAAACUUUCCGGUCAACUCUUUGAUGAUCUUGGACGAGGAAAAGUCGUUAGCCCUUGACUUGGCCGUCUCUUCUAUGGACCAGCUCCUGAAAAUGUGCCACCUGGCGGACCCACUCUGGGUUCGACCAAGUGACAAUAAUGCAAACGGUAAGCAUGUCCUAAAUCUCGAGGAGUACGCAAGAAUGUUUUCUUGGUCAGUGAGCCUCAAACAGCAGCCUCACGAGUUUAGGACCGAAGCAACGAGAGAUUCGGCCGUCGUUAUCAUGAAUAGCAUUACCCUCGUCGAUGCAUUCCUCGAUGCGAAUAAGUGGAUGGAGCUGUUUCCAUCGAUCAUUUCACGAGCCAAAACACUUCAAAUGGUGCAUUCGGAGGCUUCUGGCCACGCAAGUGGUUCUCUUCACCUCAUGUAUGCGGAGCUACAGUUUGUUUCACCACUAGUGCCGACGAGAGAGGCUCACUUCCUCCGAUACUGCCAGCACAACGAAGAGGAGGGUAGUUGGGUAAUUGUCGAUUUCCCACUCGACGGUUUCCAAAACGAUUACCCUCCUUCUUUUCCUUAUUACAAAAGACGCCCUUCCGGCUGCAUCAUCCAAGACAUGCCUAAUGGAUACUCUAGGGUGACGUGGGUGGAGCAUGCUGAGGUGGAAGAUGGUCCGAUCCACCAAGUUUUUUCGAGUUUGGUGAGCAGUGGUGUGGCUUUCGGCGCGCAGCGUUGGUUAGCCGUUUUGCAACGACAAUGCGAGCGAUUUGCUAGCCUCAUGGCUAGAAAUAUUUCCGAUCUCGGAGUGAUCCCGUCUCUCGAAGCACGGAAAAACUUGAUGAACCUGGCUCAGAGGAUGAUUAGGACAUUCUCUCUAAACAUAAGCACUUGUUACGGCCAAUCUUGGACAGCACUUUCCGAUUCUGCCGACGACACUGUCAGAAUAACGACUAGGAAAGUCACUCAGCCAGGUCAGCCAAACGGCUUGAUCCUCAGUGCCGUGUCGACUACUUGGCUGCCGUAUUCCCACAAACAGGUGUUCGAUUUCUUGAGGGACGAGCGCUCUAGAGCUCAGCUUGAAGUUCUCUCCAAUGGGAAUUCGUUGCACGAAGUGGCUCAUAUUGCAAACGGCUCUAAUCCCGGAAACUGCAUUUCUCUUCUUCGCAUCAACGUUGCUAGCAACUCAUCCCAGAGCGUGGAGCUCGUGCUGCAAGAGAGCUGCUCAGAUGAUUCCGGAAGCGUGGUAGUGUACACCACCAUAGACGUCGAUGCGAUUCAGAUGGCAAUGAACGGUGAGGAUCCGUCCUGCAUUCCGCUCCUCCCUUUGGGAUUCGUCGUGAUCCCACUAGGGCAGACGAACAACUACGAGGGCACUAACGUAAUUACUAAGCAACCCUCGGAUCAAAACGGGCAGCUGCCCGACUCGGGCUGCCUGCUGACCGUGGGGCUCCAAGUCCUCGCAAGCACAAUCCCGACCGCGAAGCUCAACCUCUCGAGCGUCACCGCAAUUAACCACCACCUCUGCAGCACUGUUCAGCAAAUCAACGCGGUUCUUGGAAACUGCGGCAACACCACCGCUAAUUUCUCCGAAAAUAACGUCGGUAUUUUGGGGGCUAACGUGGAAAACGAGGCUGCACCGGAGAUCAAGACAACCGACCUGGUGGGCCCCGCAUCCUAAUUAAUCAUCUUAUAUAUUUAUAUAUAAUAUAAUACCUCCUUUUUCGGGGCUUCCUUUUGUCGGUUUUAACCGAGGAUUUCGCAAAGCAGGUUUUGCUAAAGGUAGUAUGACUUCUCUUUUUUUAGGGUUUGAAUGUUUUUUGUGGAGGGAAAAAAAAAAGAGAAAGGAGGGUAGUUGUUUUGUUUUGUUUUUUGAGGGUAGUUUAAUUAGUUGGUGUUAGGUAAUUAGGGUUUAUUUGGAAGUAAAAAAGUAUUGUGUGGGGGAUUGUGGAAAUUUUAGAAGUCAAGAGCGCACCAGAAGUGAUCCUUGCUAAUUGUUUAGGCUAUUUGAUGAUUGAAUAUGGCCUUAACAACUAGCAAGGAUAUGGUGGUUCGGGUAUUGACUUCGAUCGUUUAGCUCGCGCUAGCUAGUGUUUGAUUCUCGGUUCGAUAAACGAAUGCUGGAUUCUUUUUGUUAUUAAUUCUAUGUUUUAUUUCUUUC